AAAUCUGCCAAACAAUCGUUUCCAUGGACACGAAACCUUCAGAGAAGAAAAUCAUAAAUCCUAAAAACAGAGACUUUCUAAACCACCUCGAAACAUACCUCGCGAAGAGAGAUGGAGUCGACAAGCUCUUAAAGAUCUCACGUUACGCAACAAAGAUCAUCCUCGCAUCUUCCCUAAUCCCAGAAACUGGAUCCUUAAACACCCGACUCAAGAGCUUCGAAUCAAGCGUCGGAGUAAGCCGCAAAGCCUUCCGUCUCGGAAAAUUCGUACAAGACAUCAACGCGCUCAGAGCCUCUCGAUGGGACACGAACCGCGAUCUCCUGAUGCUGAUAAUCGCGUACGGCGGCGAAGGAUUGUACUAUUUCGUCGAGCAAUUCAUAUGGUUAGCGAAAUCGGGAUUGAUCGAUGCGAAACACUCGAAAUGGUUGCAGAGGAUCAGUGCUUGGGCAGAGCUGAUUGGUUACGUUGGGAGUGUUUCGUUGAAAAUCAAGGAUUUGAGGAAGAUAAAGGAAGAAGAGACUUGUGUGGCUUCGACGAUUGAGAUUUCUGUUUCUAGAGGGAUAUCUUGCGAAGAAGAAGACGAGAAGAUAAAGAAGCUUAGAGAGAAGAAAACAUUGAAGGUGUUAUCGAUUCUUCAAGAUCUUGCUGAUGGGUUAAUGACAAUUGCAGAUCUUAGAGAUGGUAAGGGAGUGUUAUCUGCCCCGAAUGUGAUUUCUUCAGCAGGUUUGUUUUCAGCCAUUAUCAGUACUCAUAAGAACUGGGUUUCUUGUUGAUGAUGAUCAUCAUUUUAUAUUCUAUAAAAAGAUUUCAUUUU